CCCGUCGCACGCCUGCCUGCACGGCCGCACCGCGCCACCGUCCCACGCGUUGCGCCUCCGCGCGGCGCCCGCCCGGUCUCCUCUCCUCCAGCCUCCACCCUCCAGCCGUCGCCGCGGGCAAGCCUCUGCGGGCUCAGGCCACCACGCGCGGACGCCCCGCGCCCCGCCCACUCCUUGAGCUGCCGCCUGCUGGCUCUCGAGUUGCGACAGACCGAUGAUGCCGCCCACCGGAGAAGCUCCUGCUGGAUCCAUGCCCUUGCGGCAAGGCCACUUCCUCGUGGAGCCGCCGCCGGGACAUGCUGUCAGCGCCAACACCUCCAGUACAGAUGACACAAGAUUCGAUGCAUCACAGUAUGCUUUUUUUGGCAAUAAUGUGCUGGAGGAGGUGGAACUAGGUGGACUGGAAGAGGAUAAUGUCAGUGAUGCUGCUUUCAUUGGACUCAAUAAUGUAGAGCGCCCACUUUCUUCUCAAGGAAAUGUACUAGAGGCCGAAGAUAGUUCAUUCUCAGAUGUUGAUGAUCUUGCAAAUACAUUCUCAAAGCUGAGAAGAGAUGUCAACCUACCGAAGCAUAUUGGAAUAAAUAGCCUGGGUACUCCUUUUUCAAGAGAAAGUUCUGCUGCUGCUGACUGGACUCCGGAAUUUGAAUCCCCACUCUGGCCCAAUCAGUAUGUGCUAGAUGCGAGGCAAAGGCAGGAUAGCAAUGACUGGUGGCCUCCACAACAUCAUUCUUCUCACUUUGCUGAUUCCAGAUUACACAGAACAUCCUCAUCCCCUCAGCAACAGGAAGAACACAAUGAACCUGUUCUUGGACCAAGGCCAUCUCCUUUGCACCGGACAUCCUCGUACCCACACAAUGAACCACAAUACAAUCUUGCUGAAGCCAUUCCUGCUCCAAAUGCACCAUACAAUUCACACCAUCCACCUAGUGGGCCACCCAAUUCAUUGCCUGGACAACUGCAUCAGAUGAACAUGUCAUCUUUCAAUGAAUUUCAGAUGCAUAUGUCUGCACAAAGUGAUGCCCCAUUCUCCCAGUUGCCUCGUGGAGGGCCACCUCCAGAGCCAUUUGGUGGAAACCUUGGUCAUAUGGUUUCAGCAGGCUUCUCAACUAACAGCAGUGGACCAAAAAAUCAUAUGCUGAAUAAUGGACAGAUUCAUGGGGAAAUUGCCACUAUCAUACCAAAUUCGGUGCCAAACCAUCUACAACGUCCCAAUGCAUUCAUGCCCCCUCAAAUGCUGCUGAUGCGCAAACAGCCUGGCAUGCUCCCAAUUCAGCAGUCUCCGCAACACUUAUCAAGAACUCAGGCACAUAUGUUUGGCCCCCAGCAUCCACCACAAAUGAUGAAUAGAUUUGAUAAUUUUGGGGUGCCUGAGUUCAGCGAUCCAAGAGCAAGAUCAUCAAUGCACCAUGGAAGGCAAGAUCACCAUUUUCCUCUCCAAGGCUCUGAAUUUGGUAUUAUGAGGAUGGGUAAUGGGAGGCCACAGUUUAGAUCCAAGUAUAUGUCCACCGUAGAACUUGAAAACAUUUCAAGAAUACAGCAUGCUGCCACUCACAUAAAUGAUCCAUACAUUGAUGAUUAUUACCAUCAAGCUUGUCUGGCCAGAAGAUCUGUGGAUGCAAGGUUGAAGCACCACUUCUGUCCAACCUUGAUAUUGGAUCCAUCUUCUCGUGCACGCAGUAAGGAUGAGCCACACGCAUACCUUAAGGUCGAUGCCCUUGGGAGGCUGCCGUUUUCUUCCAUCCGGAGGCCACGUCCACUUCUUGAUGUUGAACCAGCUUCUACAACUGAGGAUAACACUCUUGUUUCAAAGUCUCUUGAUCAGGAACCUAUGCUAGCUGCUAGGAUCACAAUUGAGGAUGGCCUCUCCUUACUACUUGAUAUAGAUGAUAUUGAUCGCUUGCUUCAAUUUAGCCAGCAGCAAGAUGGUGGUUUACAACUUAGAAAAAGAAGGCAGUCUCUGCUUGGUCAGCUGGCAGAAUCACUGCAGUUGGUUGAUCCACUAGAGGCAAAUAAGAAUAGGCAUUUGUCAGCAAAUGAUGAUUUGGUAUUUCUUCGCAUUGUUUCUCUACCCAAGGGUCGGAAACUACUUUCACGCUAUAUCAACCUCAUGGUUCCCGGUAGCGAUCUUGCGCGGAUAGCUUGCAUGGCAGUGUUCCGGCAUCUGAGGUUUGUGUUUGGCAAUUUGCCCUCUGAUGAUGCCUCAGCUGAGACAGUAAUUAAACUAGCGAAUGCUGUAGCCACAUGCAUUCGUGGGAUGGACUUAAGUGGCCUCAGUGCUUGUCUUGCAGCAAUCGUAUGCUCCUCAGAGCAUCCACCUCUUCGACCCCUUGGAUACGCUGCUGGCGAUGGUGCCACCGUCAUCAUAAAGUCUGUCCUGGAUAGGGCGACAGAGCUUCUCACUGAGCAGCUUGCUGGAUCAAAUUACAGUGUUCCAAACCGAGCCCUGUGGCAAGCAUCGUUUAAUGCUUUCUUUGGGCUGCUUACAAAGUACUGCAUAGGUAAAUUUGACAGCCUAGUUCUUACAAUGCACACUACAACAGCGAUAAGAAGGGAGCUGCCAAUUGAGCUUCUGCGUGCCAGUCUUCCUCAUACAGAUGAGCAACAGCGCAGACUAUUACUUGACUUUGCCCAACAGACCGUGCCGGUUACUGGCCAUAGCUCUCAAAGGGCUGCUGGUGGAACCAUGGCAUCUGAAAUAGUCCCAAGUUAAGUGGUCAGCAGAUAUAAGUUGAAGCAUUAGAUAUGGUUUUUAUUCUAUGGUACAAACCUGCCCAAUGAAUUGAACAUUCGUUGCGCCUGCCCCACCAGAAGAUAGACUAGAGAUAUGAUCUGUACGUAAGAAGCACAAGCUACAACUGAGCUGGGUGGAGUAUGGAGCAUCCUGGUGGUAAUAUGGAUGUAUGUCCAAGGUUUGAAUUGAUUACUCCCUUAAACUACAGUAUUUUCUCUGCACUGUUGCAUCAGACCACCAGUUGAAUUAGCAGGAUACUUUCCUUCUGGAGGUGGGCUGUGUUUUGUUGCCCAUGGGAGGGAACUGAACUCCUGCUAUUUCUAGGUUAGCAGCUGUACAGGUCGUUCCUUGAAGGCAAUGUCCAUCACAAGGAAGUGUUUCAAGGUGUAGUUGUUUUCGUUUGCAAUAGUUUGGAAUAUACUGGAGGUUUUAUGCUCAUGCGAAAACCCAUAACCCAUUGUUGGGAACACGAACACCUGUACACUAGCCAAUGCUUGGAAACUCGUCUUUCUUUUGGUUCUGCAGCCAUCUCAAGAUUGCUCCCCCCCCCCCCCCCCCCCCCCCCGUAUUCGUGUAAGUGAAUACAUUUGCUUGUGAAGCUGUCAAGUUUGUAAUGAGUUUGUUAAAUUUGAUUCCACUGUAAAUCCUUGUUAUUGGUGAUUUUUCUUCCGGUGGUUCUGGGGUGCUAACACAUCAAAAGCUCUGUAUGA